AUGGGCUUGUUCUCCAAGAAGGCUCCCGCCGAGGAGCAGGUGGCCGUUGAGCCAGCCGAGCCCCUGCCGGCCGGCGAUGAAAAGUCGCUGAGAAACACAGCCGAGAAGUCCAGCGAGGAGGACCUCGUGGGCAAAGAUGUUCAAGCUGGUGUUGCCAAGGUUGAGGGUAUGACGGCCGUCUGGACGAAGCGUGACCUGAUCAUUGCCUACGUCUUCAUCUGGCUCUUCUACGUCGUCACCGCCAUCCAGGAAGUUUCCAUCCGUGUGUUGACGCCUUUCGUCACCAGCAGCUUCUCGCUGCACUCUCUGACAGCAGCAACGAGCAUCAUGUCAACUCUGAUCGCUGGCCUCAUCAAGCUGCCCUUGGCCAAGAUCCUCGACACCUGGGGCCGUCCUCAAGGUCUCUCCUUGAUGCUUGUAUGCUGGAUGCUCGGUUUCAUCAUGAUGGCGGCAUGCAACAAUGUCCAGACUUAUGCCGCCGCACAGGUCUUCUACUCCACAGGAGCCCAGGGCCUUAGCUACUGCAUCACCAUUUUCAUCGCCGAUACCUCAACGCUGAAGAGCAGAGCCCUUAUGCUGUCAUUUGCCACGUCGCCUUACAUCUUCCUGACUUGGGCCGCUGGGCCGAUUACCGAGAGUCUUCUCAAGGAGGGCGGUAUUGGCUGGCGCUGGGGUCUGGGCAUCUGGUCCAUCGUUGCACCCGUCGUGAUUUGCCCUCUGGUCGGUCUCUUUCUCUGGAACCAACGCAAGGCUAUCAAGCAGGGCGUCAUUCAGGACCGCGGCGCCAUCAAAAACAUCUCUCUUGCCAAAGUCAAGGCGUUCCUCAUUGAGGUGGAUGCUUUGGGCAUCCUCAUUCUUGCUACCGGCAUGGCUCUUUUCCUCCUGCCAUUCAGCUUGUACUCCUACCAAGCCGACGGCUGGCGCUCCCCCAUGAUCAUCUCUUUCAUCAUCAUCGGUUUCCUCCUGAUCAUUCUCUUUGCUGUCUACGAGAAGUUCUGGGCCCCAGUCACCUUCAUUCCUUUCUCCCUGCUGAUGGACCGAACCGUCUUCUUCGGCGGGUUGAUGUUUGUCUUCCUGUUCUUCAACUCGGCCGUUUGGGGUUCUUACUUCACCUCCAUGCUUAUGGUCGUCUGGAACACCUCUGUCUCACAGUCUACCUACAUCGGCAACAUCUACCGCACCGGAUCCUGCGGUUUCUCCCUGAUCAUUUCUGGCUUGAUCUACAAGACCGGUCGUUUCAAGCCAUUCGCUCUCUUCUUCUGCAUCCCUCUUAUGAUGCUUGGUGUUGGCCUCAUGAUCUAUUUCCGUCAGCCGGACAAGGACAUUGGAUACGUUAUCAUGACCCAGAUCUUUGUUGCUUUUGCGGGUGGCCCUUCCGUCAUUUGCGGAGAGAUGGCCAUGCUUUCUCCCUCCGACCAUCAGCAUGUGGCAGUCAUCUUCGCCGUUCUCGAUCUGUUUGGCAGCAUUGGCUCCACGGUUGGAUACACCGUCGCAUCAGCCAUUUGGACCGGAACCUUCAAGAAGAAUAUUGCGAAGUACACGCCCGCAGGAACUCCUGUCGACCAGAUCUACGGAGAUAUCUACUCGCAGCUCGGCUAUCCUGUCGGAUCUCCUGAGCGCAUCGGAAUCCAGCGUGCUUACGGUGACUCGCAGCGCAUCAUGCUCAUCACCAGUGUGUGCCUGUUGGUUGGUGCACUUGGCUCCGUUGCCAUGUGGAGAGACAUCAACGUCAAGAAGGUGAAGCAGGUGCGCGGAAACGUUGUUUAA